CACAAUCAUGAAUUGCACCAAAAAAUAGCUGCAGAGAGACUGGUAAAGAGAAUUUUGAACCUAAUUCAACACGUGUACGUACUACGUUGCGUCAUCAGUGCGCGACCGCAGCAUCAGAAUGCUGACAUGGCCGCGUCUAUCGAGCUGAGACUCACUUUAUAUAUCUGUCUUGUUUUUAUCCUGGGAUUUUGUUCCGUCUCCGCGCUCAUUGAGGGACUGUACUGCGGGACUCAAAGCUGUUAUGACGUGCUGGGAGUUUCGCGCGACUCCAGUAAAGCUGAGAUCGGACGCGCGUACCGCCAGCUGGCCCGGAGAUAUCACCCGGACAGAUAUCAGCCCGGAGAGACCGACGACUCCCGCGAAACCGCGCACCAAAAGUUUCUGCUGGUCGUUACUGCUUACGAGACACUCAAGGAUGAAGAGUUACGUAAGGACUAUGACUACAUGCUGGACCACCCAGAGGAAUACUACAGCCACUACUACACCUACUACAGGAGAAGACUUGCUCCCAAAGUAGACGUUAGGAUAGUGAUUCUUGUAACUAUUUGUGCAAUUUCACUGUUUCAGUAUUACAGCUGGUGGAGUAGUUAUACAGAAGCCAUCAACUACCUGAUGACCGUUCCCAAAUACCGCAUCCAGGCUACUGAGCUGGCCAAGCAGCAAGGUCUGCUGAAUAGAACCAAAGAGAAGGGCAAGAACCGGCGCUCCAAAGAGGAGAUCCGUGAAGAGGAGGAGCAGAUUAUCAGAGACAUCAUCAAGACCAAGAUAGACAUCAAAGGCGGCUAUCAGAAGCCCAAUGUAUCUGAUAUUCUGCUUUGUAAAAUCAUUCUGUUCCCUUACCAUCUGUGCACAUAUGUGGCAUGGAACUUCUCGUGGUUUUACCGUUUCACCAUUUGCAGGGAGGAGUAUGGGGAUGAGGAGAGACUUUACAUUAUCCGCAAGUACAUGAAGAUGUCACAGGCUCAGUUUGAUAGUUUGGACAACAGCCUGAUAGAGACAUUUCUCAAGCAGCAGCUCUGGAUCAAAGAGAAUUAUGAGGCCUACAGAGAGGAGCAGGAGGAAGAGAUGAAGAUGAAGAUGGCCACAGACUCUCGAUGGAAACGCUACAGGCGUUGGAUGAAGAGUGAGGGGCCUGGACGCAUCACUUUUGCUGAUGAUUGACCUCACAUGAACAGAGAUCCGUCCCAGAUGCACGUCUAGCCUGAACAGCCUGAGCUCAUGUGUGCAAUUACACACAGCUCUGUGCGUCCUUGUUUACAAUAGACUGACAAUGUGCACGUCAUUUACAAGGCUGCCUUUUCUCAUAUAAUGACAAUAAAGGCUUUUUGAUUGUACCUAUUGAGGAACAUUGCGUAGGAGGAAAAGACUGUUGGAAACAUAAAGUAAAAUAACUGUGUAAUAACAUUGUGUGCUGUUUUACCAGGAGAAAUAUGAUCACAGGCUGUAGAAACCCAGUGUUAUAGUUUGAAAAAUGCCUCAUUUCAAACACUGAAAGGCUUUGUGUCUCUCUCUCUUUCUGUCAGCUAUAAAUGUUAUGUCACCCGAUGCUGUGCUUGUGCACUGAAGGCAUAUUUUUUUCCCCUCUUUCUUUCUUCCUUUCUUCCUUCCUUUUUUUUUUUUUUUUUUUUGCAUGUAUAAAAUCAAAUCUAAUUUUUCAGUUACAGGCUUUGGUACUGAAAUAAAGUUUUAUAGUUUAUGGUUUGGUUAGUAAGACUUGGUUACCUUUCCUGUUCAUGAGCAUCCUGGUGACAUAAAUGAUAUCACUUUAAAACAGUGCAGACAUAAAAGAUUGUCAUGCAGUAGAUAUAAUAAUAUUUUAUCAGUAAUUUAUCAUAUUGUUAUCUGUGCAUUACCAACGGUGCACAUAAAAAGGUUUAUCCCCCAAUGACUUUUCAUUGAUUCAAGGUAGUUUGUUUUUGACUAUGUGCCUUCAAUGAAUGCUUGUAAUUAGUGGAGUCACGAUAAAUCGAUUCGUGAAUCGAUUCUGAGAUUUUCUUGAAUUCGGAAAAUUGCAGAAUAGGUCCAUGAAUCGAUUUAUCGUGACUCCUCUACUUUCCAUUUCUAUGGAAUUUCAAACGUUUUUCCUCGCUUGUAAGAAUUUAUUUUCCUGAAAUCUGUCUAGUAGAAACAAUGCUAUUAAAAGUAUAUUCUAGAAAGUACCACAAAAGAAGAUUUAAAAAAAAAACAACUAAUUAGUUAUCACCUUACUUACCCAGCUGGUUGAUUACAUUGAUAAUUGCAAAACAUUUUCUAAAAUGUUAGGUUUAGACAUGAAAAUGAGUCAUUAUUUAAUUAAACAUGCGCUAAUUUGCAUAAAAAUCUAGUACAAAAAUUUAAACACGAUGAUGUCAGUUUAAAAAUUCUUGUUUUUGACAGAGUCAAACGUUUUACAGAGGGAAUUUUGGGCAUCUCAUUUUUGUCACUUCAUAAUUCAGAAAAUGCUUAGAAUGGACAGAAAACACUAUAUUUUAAAAAAUUUGGGAGGGUUUAAAAUGUUGUAUAUAAUCAAGCAAAUUACAUAUGAACAAAUCCCUCUGUAAAAACCUUCAGGAUAUAGGCAGGAAUAAAAAUGUUAAGUUUGGUGUCUAAGUGCUACUGAAGUGUGAAAAGUGAUAAGUUGACUUAACUUAAAAAAAAAAACUGAGGAAACCUGUUGUCUCAAAAUUAAAUAAUUAAAAAAAAAUUAACAAUUCA